CCACUAUCAACCACAUGGCGAACGCAGUAUACCCGGAAAAUUAGUGGCAGUAAUCUCGAGCGAGCGCCCUGGCAGAAGCCGGAAAAGCCCAGCUAACGCGCUAUGCGAUUCUGCGCCGGUAAUUCAGUUUUUAAUUAAUAGUAAUUUUCUGCAUUAGCUAUUUUUGUAAGUUUUACGACCAUGACUCGGCAGAGUGUGGAUACUUUGCUAAGUCAGUUAGGCCAGCCGGGCCGUUAUCAGAUUAUGAUCUUCUUCCUCCUGACAUUCCAGUACAUUCCACUGUCAUUUAAUAAUCUCGCUAUGAUUUUUCUUGGGGAUAAACCAACAGGAAUAUAUUGCCCGGCGUCGAAUUUUUCGUUACGAGAGGGCUGUGCCGGCGAAAUCUCCUUUAAAGACUACGAUAUUCGGACAUGUACAAAAAAGCGGCCGGAAGUGGAUUCGACUUCGGUUAUGGCGGGGAAUGAUACGUACGGAAAUAAUUCUCUGUGGUGUUCGGUUAAUUGCGAAGGGAAGCGAUAUAUGCACGGAAAUGAAGGCGAGUCGUCUAUAGUCGGCGAGUUUGACUUGAUCUGCGAGGAUUACUGGUUGGUCAGUUUAUGCAACACCAUGUAUUUUGCCGGCUCGAUGGUGGGCGGAGCAGUCUUUGGCAUCCUUGCCGAUAAAUUUGGCCGGAAACGCUCAAUUAUUGCCGCAUCCACAAUGGGCUUAGCUGCCGGGAUAGCCGCUGCAUUUGCACCGCAUUUAAUAUUGUUUGCAAUAUCCCGCACAAUCCUGGGAAUAUGUUUACAAGGCGGAUCCAUGAGCGCCUUUACACUGAUGAUGGAGUCUUUUCCACGAGACUACCGCGAGUCGGCCGGCGUGGCGUCACAGUUUGUUUUCGCUAUCGGGAUCGUUCUCCUGGCCGGUUUUGCAUAUUUAAUCCCGAAUUGGAGAUACUUACAGCUUUUCGUCGUUCUCACCGUCCUCAUUGCCGUCGCAUACAUUUUCCUCGUGCAUGAAUCUCUCCGAUGGCUGUACAUCAACUACCGCUUCGAGCAUGCCAGCAACAUUGUCCACAAAAUCAUGCGGUUUAAUGGAGUGCAGCUAACGAAACGAAUUAGCGAUUGUAUGAGUUAUUUGGUUAUGUGGCACCAGAAAGAUGAGGAAAUUGACGACAAAGCGUCGCAUUCCAUGUGGAAUCUCUUCACCAGCGCGCAACUCCGGAAGCGUUGCUUGUGUAUGACCUUUAUCUGGUUUACCGGCGCAAUUUGCUACUAUGCCAUAUCGUUUUCAUUGUCCGAUUGGUUUGGGAGUAAAUACUGGAACCUGGCCAUUGGCGGGUUGGUGGACGUUCCCAUAACGCUGAUAACAAUGCUGCUGGUGUCCAAAUAUGGAUGCCGUGUGCCAUUGAUUUACACAUCCGGUCUUUCCGGUGUGCUGUGCCUGAUCGCCGCCUCCAUCCCGCUGCACUCGCACGCCGCCAUGAUCGCUAAGACGGUGUUCGCUCAGAUCGCCCGGGCGGUGUCGCAUGGGAUGUUCAACAUGAUGAUCCCCUAUGCGUCGGAAUUGUUCCCCACUGUGGUGCGCAAUAAUGGACUGGGCGUGUGCGGCAUCGGUAUGCGACUGGGGGGUGUCCUGGCGCCCCAGUUACUGUUACUAGGAAACUAUACCACCGAUUAUUUGCCAAUGAUAACGUGCGGGGUUAUGGCUGGCGCUGCCGCACUCAUCUCCUACUUGUUACCGGAAACGAAAGGUCAUCCCAUGCCGGAAACUGUGGAAGACCUCUUAUUACGUCAAACCAGUGUCAAAUCCAAGCGUGUCGAGGAUUUCACCGAUGAUUAAAGAUCAGACGAAAUUAAGCAGCGGAGCGAUAAUGUGAUAAUGUUGUAGCGCGCUGAACUUUCUGUAGCGCUUUGCUAAUUUUGCACCAUUAUUUUUUGCGAUCAGAUAAUCUAUUAUUCCAGAUUAGGCUUACUUUAACACAUCCCAUGUAUGUGGAAUAUUUAUUGUUUGACACAUAUUUAUAAAUAUUUGUUGCAUCGUAGAUAAUACGUUUUUUGGAAUUCGAGACGUUUUUGGUUGAAUGUUUUAUGCACGGUGUUGGCUUGUGUUAAAUGUUAUAAUAUAGCGCAAGCAAAUGAAAGCAGUGACUACAAUCUAUAAAUAAAUGCAGCG